CGCAAAAUAAAUGUAGGAGGCAAAAUGUUCACGCCUUUCACGUUUUAACGCAACUGUACAGGUAGUUGUAAAAAGAGCAAGUAGAAGUAAUGUUUUAUAUAAAACACAUUUAAACAGAUAUUGGAUUCUAACAGGCGAAAAAAGUCGAUAAAUUAGUUUUAGUUGUCUGUUUGUACUCCAAAUGGAUCCGGUGCUGUAUCUCUGUGCUUUGGGGGUUUUGUUUCUUUUCUGGAUCAGGAUCAAAGGCCUGGAUUAUGUUAUAAUUCACCAGCGAUGGAUUUUUGUUUGCCUUUUUCUCCUGCCCUUGUCGGUGCUGUUUGAUGCCUACUAUUAUGCACGCGCUUGGAUCAUCUUUAAGAUGUGUUCAGCGCCGAAGCUGCACGACCAGCGGGUCCGAGACAUCCAGAGACAGGUUCGCGAGUGGAAGAAGGAGGGAGGAAAGGCAUAUAUGUGUACAGGACGUCCUGGCUGGCUGACCGUGUCUCUGAGGGUGGGGAAAUAUAAGAAGACUCACAAGAAUAUAAAAAUCAAUAUGAUGGACAUCCUAGAUGUGGACACAAAACGACAGGUGGUACGUGUGGAGCCAUUGGUAAACAUGGGUCAGGUGACAGCCUUAUUGAAUUCCAUCGGCUGGACGCUGCCUGUAUUACCUGAGCUAGAUGAUCUUACAGUAGGUGGUUUGGUAAUGGGCACAGGGAUUGAGUCCUCAUCUCAUAUUUAUGGUCUGUUCCAACACAUCUGUGUGGCUUUUGAGCUGGUACUGGCAGAUGGCAGUCUGGUUCGCUGCACUGAGAAAGAGAACUCGGAGUUGUUUUAUUCAGUCCCGUGGUCCUGCGGAACCCUGGGGUUCUUGGUGGCAGCUGAGAUUCGGAUCAUCCCAGCUCGGCAGUGGGUGAGGCUGCGCUACAAGGCCGUGCGCGGUUUGGAGGCCAUCUGUAAGGUGUUUGCAAAGGAGUCGGCUAACAAAGAGAACCAUUUUGUGGAGGGGUUGCAGUAUUCACUCAACGAGGCCGUUAUCAUGACCGGUGUUAUGACUGACCAUGCAGAGCCUGACAAGAUUAAUCGCAUUGGUCACUACUACAAGCCUUGGUUCUUUAAGCAUGUUGAGAAGUACCUGAAGGAGGAUGGAACUGGUGUGGAGUACAUCCCACUCAGACACUACUACCACAGACACACACGAAGCAUCUUCUGGGAGCUACAGGACAUAAUUCCAUUUGGGAAUAAUCCGCUGUUCAGGUAUUUGUUUGGCUGGAUGGUUCCCCCUAAAAUCUCCCUGCUGAAGCUGACUCAGGGCGAGACUAUCCGCCGGCUUUACGAGCAGCAUCACGUGGUUCAGGACAUGCUGGUGCCCAUGAAGCAUAUUCACAAGGCCAUCUCACACUUUCACCAGGAUAUUCAUGUGUAUCCCUUAUGGCUGUGUCCAUUCAUAUUGCCCAGCCGGCCAGGCAUGGUGCAUCCUAAAGGAGAUCAGGAUGAGCUGUAUGUGGACAUUGGGGCAUACGGUGAACCCCAAGUGAAACACUUUGAGGCUCGGGCCUCCACACGCCAACUUGAGAAGUUUGUUCGAGAUGUACAUGGAUUCCAGAUGCUUUAUGCUGAUGUGUACAUGGAAAAAGAAGAGUUCUGGGAAAUGUUUGAUGGUGCUCUGUAUCAUAAGCUAAGGAAGGAGCUGGACUGUACGCAGGCGUUUCCUGAAGUGUACAACAAAAUCUGCAAAGCUGCAAGACACUAAAGUUAGCCCUGCAUAAAAUGCGGGGUAAAAAAAGAAAAUCGGUUUGAUUAAAAUGCCAACAAAAGUCAACUAGCUAUAGACAUUUACACCAGCUAUCUUUUUUAAUUGAAUGUUUAACACUUUAUAAUUCUUACAUUUAAAUGUAUUUUUGGCAAACAAUAUAAAUAAUGGGGAUUUCAGUAAAAGAUGUAUUUGACACUCAGUAUUGUCUUUUUAUCUGCUUCUAAAUGUACCUUGUUUUUACUAGAUAACAUGGGUAUAUUUUGCCAAUUAAAGUAUAUUUCCUGACUAUUUAGUAUGUUCCAAGUUCCAAUGUUCCAUUGUUGAUCAAGUAAGUCUUGUAUAUUAGCUGUACAGUAUAUAAGGCACAAUUUUGUAACUCAGGUCAACAGCUAUUGCUUUUCCAUAAGUGCCACCUGUAAAUCCUCUUUAAUGUAUUUUUCUUCUCUUACAAAUGAACAAAAUACAAAAUACAGACUGCUCUUUUGUCAACUAA